AUGACGAAGAUGGAGGUUAAUAGUGGAGCUUCUACUUCCUUUUGGUAUGAGAAUUGGUCUCCUCUUGGCCAAUUGAUUGAGUUAACAGGAGAAAGAGGUAGUAUGGAUCUGGGAAUUCCAAAAACUGCCACGGUGGAGAAAGCUGUUCAGCUUUAUCGAGCCAGAGGGCAUAGAUUUCAUGUACUGCGUCUGAUUUGCCUGGAGAUCACUAGACUGAAGAGUCGGGGGCUUAAUCAUUUGGAGGAUGUUUGUCUAUGGAAGAGGGAAAAUGGGGAGUUCAAAGAAGGCUUUUUUACAUCCCAAACUUGGAACCUGAUUAGAUGUAAGUCUCCAACAGUCUUUUGGUCUAAAGGAAUUUGGUUUACUGAGGCUACACCAAAAUUCUCUUUUAUAGCUUGGCUAGCGGCUCAUAACAGACUAGCAACGGGUGAUAGAAUGCUUCGUUGGAACCCGCAAGCUAUCUCCACUUGUUGGCUGUGUAAUACGGAUAUUGAAACAAGGGAUCAUCUCUUUUUUGAAUGUCCCUAUUCUAAAGAAGUUUGGAAUGGUACGGUGAGGAGUCUGGUAGGCAUGGGAAGGGUCCAUCAAUGGGGCAGUGUAAUCCGGUUAAUUUCAAAUGCUAAUCAAGGGAGGAGCAUUAAUUUUUUGAUGAGAUACUGCUUUCAAGUGGUGAUUUAUGCUAUCUGGCAUGAGAGGAAUAUCAGGAGAGUAGGGGAGCGUCCUCAACCAGCAGCAUGUGUGAUUAACCGAUUGGACAAAAUUGUGAGAAACAGAGUUACUUCACUUCGAAAGAUUGUAGGUGGGAAGUAUGAGACGACAAUGGAGAAUAUUGUAUUUGUUAUGUUUUGA